CUCGCUCAUGGCAAUGUACAGCUGAUGGAAAGCGCGAGCCACUAUUUCAGAGAUAAAGCCAAAACCCAACUCAUGUGGAACUCCCAAGAAUACAUAUGAGGCUAUCAUCUCGCCGUGGACCGCAGACUGAACAAACAGACCGUUGAAUUAAGCGGAAUAUCAUGCAUCCGUUUGGCCGUGAAGAGGAGACCUCCAGGAAGGACCUCUUCGGUUUUUUCAAGCAGUGUUUGCAACGCGAGGAAUGGGAGCUCGCGGCAGCCUGCGUGGGUCAGCUCGGCGAUGCGCGCGGCGGUGAUAUGUACAGUCCGCUUGACAUCGUUAAAGCCAUCGUCACACACCCGUACCCGCUCAGGUGGGAAACAGUGGGCAGCCCUCACAGACUGGCCUGGUAUUGGCUUCAAGUCCUGGAGAAGCUGACUAAAAUAAAGGUGAGCGGGUCUGUGAAGAGAGAACUGGAGUUCCUGUUGCUUUUAGAAGAACUGGGAGAUGUUCCACAAAAUGUGCUUAAGGAGCUACAUGACGCUUUCCUGAACUCGGAGGAAGUGAAGGCAAAGAUUCCAGGUCAUUCUUGCCGUCCGCUGAGUGCUAGCAUUCUAUCUAGCCUCUGUAACCUCUUAUCCAGGCAGCAGCCGCACCUCGUCCAUUCUCUAAUUAGUUUCCUUCAGAGCGCAGACUGCUCCAGAAACCAUGCCUUACAGGACGUAUUUAUCCAGCAUCUCACUGACCGACUGAAAGUGCCUGUGGAGGAGAGGAAUGAGAGAUGGGUCGAGGAGAUAUGUGCAGCUCUUGCCUUAGCACCGUGGGGGUCGGAGAGAUCGGGCACUCACCUGGAGACACUGUGGGAAGGUUUGUGGUCUGCGAGAGAGGGGCCCUUGACAGAGGAGAGGAUCCUAGGAUGUCUGCUGAGACCGCAAGGUCAGGCUUUGUUGAUGGCUUACAGCUCCACAGCGCUCAGACUGCUUAAAGAAAAAUUACUGACAGAAGCUCCACACUCAGAGGUUAACUUACCUGAUCUGGAAAGGGUCAUGCUUGGCUUAUGUUGUCAUGAUGACAAACGUCUGGUCUGGAAAGCCAUUUACUUUGAAUGUUUGAGCAGUGGAAAGCACUUUCUGGAGCAGGUCUUGCUUACUGGUUUAGAUCUCAUAAAGAGAGAGGAAUUCUCCAAACUGGAAGCAUUAUUGGAGUCAGAGUUUCAGCCGUUGUCUCGACUCUUGUUGCUGUUAGGCUGGAUGUAUUGUCAAAGCCUGGAUUCUGCCAAGACCCUACUUAGAAUCCUACAUCACCAACAGCCCCAGACCAGUGAUUCAGUAUUAAGCGAAGUGGCUUGCAUUCUGUCAUCUCAGCUGGGUGUUCUGGAAUGGUGUGACCAAAACAACCUAGGGAUAUCCCAUAAUGCUUUGCUGAGUCAAUUGCACAUGCUGGACCAUCAUUCUGCCUUGUAUGUGCUGCACUGCUUGACACCCCUCGCCAAGUAUGAGGACUGCCGAGUGCUGGAACUUUUGCAGAGAACAGGAGAUCAUUCAUUAGUGGACUCUCCCAGCAUCUCUGUCCAGCGGAACAUCACUCUUUUUCGAGGCUUCUGUGCCAUGAAGUAUGCUCUGUAUGCUAUCUGUGUGAACUCACAGACUCAUACCAGCUGCCAGGAUGGUGAGUCUCAGCAUCAGCAGCAGACUGAAGCAAGUCAAGGGGAGGAGCCAAAUGAAGGAUGUGCUGAUCUGUUCCAGCACUACCUGUCUGAAUGUCAGCUGUACCUGGAAGCUGUUCCACCAUUAUUCCGUCUGGAGCUUUUGGAGAACAUUUUCUCCCUCCUCUUCCUUUCUGACACAGACUUCAACCCACAAACAGAUCUGACCAACACCGGCACAAAAAAACAACCAGACACUCUUAAUAACAUAAGCACAGAGAAGAAUCCAAACAAUACCAAAGGCAUGAGCAAGGAUGAAAACUUAAUAGCAAAGGAGAAAGGUGAAAAGAUGGAGGGUGUGAAAAAAGACAGCAAUACUCCAACAGACUUUGAAGCCUGGGAGAGAAAGUCUAAUCAGAAUGCCCAGCAGGUGAACCUUGAGCUGGGCCACCUGAUGUCAGGGUGCCGGGGGUUUUUGGUGGAUAUUUGUGUGAUGGAGGGGAUUCUGCGGCUGGUGAGGGAGGGCUUGGAGGGUGUGUGCGGGGUCGGGCAGGAGGACGGCAGGGCACUUGCGGCUGAUGUGGAGUUAGCGGAGAGUCUUGGAUGCUCAGUUACCGCAGAAACAUUCAGUGCCCGGUUACAGAGACUGUCCAAAUACACAGCAGAAGCCCAAUGGAGACUGCAGAUUGUUACCAGUAACCAUAACACUGGGAAUGAAGGCGUGUGCCUCCCAUCUCCCCUUCCCAGUCCGGCUCUCCCUCUGAAAUGUCAGGGCAGUAGCAUCAGCAGUUCAGGUCUUCGGAGGAGGAGAAAAAACUAUCGGCAUCGCCCCGAACGUCAAGUCUCUCCUGAACUACAGAACGGGGAGGUCAGCACCAGCGCCUCAGAUGGUGGCGUGUGUAUUGGAGCCAUAUGUCAUGGAAUUGAAGUCUGUCUGUGUGGUGGACCUCACAGCUGGCUGGUUCCUGCAAUGCUCUCCCCUCCUGAGUCUCUCCUCAUUGCCUGUAUACGCAGAGGGAACUACAUAGAGGCCCAACAGGUCAUUGCGAUGUAUGGUUUGGAGAACUCUGUGCAUGGAGGUGAGCUGGUUUUUAUGGACAGGUACCAGGAUGUUCUGACAGAGCUGGCUCAGGUCGAGCAGAAGAUUGAGAGCCAGUCACUUUCUUCAUCAUCCUCAUCUUCAGAGGGGCUUGCUGCAGUGGGUGUUGCUCCAGGGAACAGGACCAGAAUGGGCAGCAGCAGCAGAUUAACACUCAAGAGUAUCGGGAGUGCAGCAGCUGCAGGAAUGGCCUUCUAUUCCAUCUCUGAUGUGGCAGAACGUUUGCUGAGUACCCAGACCCAUCCAAUACCCUGUCUAGAGGAUGGCUACUGGCUCUCCCUGUGCUCUGUAGACUCCUCUGACCUUCUGUGCCCCCUGCUAGAUGAGUUGAGCCCUGCUGCUAUGGCAACCUUUGACCUCUCCUGCUGCCAUUGCCAGCUGUGGAAGACUUCUCGGCAGCUCCUCGAGACUGCAGAGAGAAGACUCAGCAGUUUUCUGGAGUCCAGAGGUGUACAGAUAGAUCCAAAAGUUCCUCACGCCAAUGGUAUUAGAGGCUUCCCUUCAGUACUACAACAAAUCAGCAAGAUUCUUUGCAGAACUUCUGCAAGCAAGGCCACAAGUAAAACAGACUGUAACGGAGAGGAGAAUGUUGUUUUCAGCCCCUUUGGCUGUAGUGCCCAGGAAGUGCUGCUGUGUUGUCAUCCAACUUUAACAGAGGAGAGUAUUGCCUCCCAUCUAAACUUGUACCAGCGCCUAGAGGUCACACUUCAAACCCUGACCUCUGCCACCAACAUCUCAGUAGACAGUCUGACAGGUAGUUCUCUGCUGACAGCGCUAGUUGAACAGGCUGGUCUUAAGCAGUCUGAACUGGAUUCCCACCCUGUGCGAACUGCUAUGAAACAGCUCCUACAUUAUUUGGACCAGCUCUGCACCUUCGAGCCUAAUAGCACCCCCAUCAGGCCAGAUUACAUACGCAACUUCCUUGAUUACAUCAAUGUGCUGGCUUCAGUAUUGGUGCGCAGUUUGGGCUCAGAGGAUCAGUCCACAGAUGUUAAGUUGGGCAAUCCUCUUUUACUGUUGCUGCAGUCGCCUACCCAGCUCCUCUCUCUCCUUCUGUUUGACAGACAGGUGUCACCUGACAGGGUUCUGUCUCUCCUGCAGCAGGAGGGAUUGCGUUUGAGUGUGCAACAGGUUGUAGUUCAGCGCUGCUGUGAAGCUCUCCCUUUCUGGAAUUUUCGGGCUGUGACCUUUUAUCAGGGGCAACCGAAAAUAACAGGGCUCAAUGGAGGGGCAUUCUGCCCAGCCAACAUUGCCUCUCUCCUCCAGCAGCAUGUUCAGGAGUGCGCUCCUUCCCUUUGCCUAUCUGACUCCACCGCAACCUCUGACCCUAGCUCUGAGUCUGAGGUCUCAGUGGAGGACAUAUCUGCUACAUCCACCAACCUCUCCACCUCUCCACCCUCCCCGUCUUCAUCCCCUCCCUCCUCUUCUUUUUUACUCACUCCAUCUGCAUUGUCUUUCCUGAAAUCCUGUUCUCCCCUUGUUGCCGCCCUGGCGUGUCUGAGUGCCAGUAGGGGUGGAGUGACCAGGACAACCUCCUCAGGCUGGUCAGGGAUACCCUCAUAUUUUCGCGGGUCUGGGCGUAAAGAAGGGGUUCUGGACGGAGACCAGAUUGCAAAGGAAGGGGAAGCCCUGCUGAAAAACUUUCCUAUCCUCAAAGUUUACCUGCGGGCAAUGGCAGAGCCAGUUCUGGGGGUCUCUUUGGAAGCAGAUGAGGGUCUUGGUCUGGCUCUUUGUGGGAAGCCUGUGGUGGGGAUGCUGUUUUCUGGCCUUCAAGGCAAUGUGGGACAAGCCAUGUCUGCAGAGGCAUUCCAGCAAGCCUUAAACAGCGGUGAUUUGAACAGAGCAUUAGACCUACUGGAUCUGUACGCUCAACCCUGCAGCCAGGAUUGGACACUCAGGGACAAAGUACUGGCAUGCACUGCAGUGCAAGAAUGCAGCAGUGUGGAGCAGUUGUUCCGUGUGAGGGACUGGGAAUUGCGUGGUCGUGUGGUUCUGCAGGGUUUGGAUAGGUGGCCUUUAAAAGUCUGUUUAGAGUUACUGCAGUUCUGUCUCAGUGACCAAAGCACUCAGGAUCCGCUUAGAGAGCAGCUUCAGCUGAGGAAACAGGAGCUUGACAUGUACCAAAGGAUGUUGAGUUUGCAGCGACCGUUGCCAUGGGAGGCGUGGCAGGAUCUGAGAGAGGAGUCUGCAAGGAAUCCUGAGUCUAUAUUCACUCUGAUGUUGGAGGCCAGGGAGUUUGAGUUGUGUACCUUGUGGGUGCAGCUGUACUCUGUCUCUGAUCAGUCUUGCCUGCAACUGAAGACCGAACACCUGCUACACCUCCUAGAACAGGGUCACACAGAAGAUGCCUUCCAGCUCCUGGAGGCUCUUUCUGAUUCAGUGGGUUUAGAGGUUAGUGAGCGAGCCCUAGAUCGAAGGCCUGGAUUGGCUGCCUGCCAUUUCCUUUCUGAUUACCUCACCCUACAUUUCCAGAGUAAGAUGACCCCAGCAUGCAGACGCCACAUCCAUGCCCUGCACCUUGGCUCAAAGGUGUUACUGACUCUGCCAGAAGCAUCUCGUCAGGAUUAUUUUUCCCUUCUGUCUGAUCCGCUUCUUAUGCUGGAGCAGCUGCUGAUGAAUCUAAAAGUGGACUGGGCCACAGUUGCUGUCAGUACGCUCCGGAACCUUCUACCGGCUCAGGACGCUGGAAUCACCAACCAACACAUAGACACUAUACUGGAAGAUUAUGCACGGAAGGCUCUUGAUUUCCCCUAUGCAUCCAGAGAGUGGUCACGGUCUGAUUCUGUCAUUAGUUUGCAGGAUGCAUUUCUACAGUGUCCAGCCCAGGAGAGUUGCCCCUCCUCCCCAAGCCACACCCCUCCUCCAUCAGCAGGUAGCACACCCAUGCACACGCCCUCCAGUGAGAGGCGCCCCAGUGCUAAGAAGAUCCGCCAGCUGACCACACCUUUCACUCCUCCUGAGAAAACCCCUGAGCGCAAGGACUGGAUCCCAGACCACAAACGGCACAUCUGUAUGGUCUGCCAGAGGGAGAGAUUCACCAUGUUUAACAGACGGCACCACUGUAGGCGUUGUGGCAGGCUGGUGUGUAAUUCCUGCUCCAGUAAGAAGAUGGCAGUAGAGGGCUCUGAAGAGCCUGUCAGAGUUUGUGAUCAAUGCUACAACUUCUUCCAUCUGGACUCAGAUGAGGAUCUUGAGGAGGGGGGAGCAGCUGGCAGCCCUGAAUCCAUUGACCGAGUCUUGAAUGGGCUCCUGAGUCUACCUGAGGUUCCACGAAAGCAGUACCGCCUGAGUCCAAACCCAGCUGAGAACCAGCAGCUGAAGAGCGAGUUUUACUAUGAACAGGCACCCAGUGCAUCCCUGUGUGUUGCCAUACUGACGCUGCACAGCGAUCAUGCAACCUGUGGGCAGCAGCUGGUUGGCCACUGCCGCUCACUCUCCCGCAAACUGACCAAUCCAGAGGUGGAUGCACGUCUACUGACAGAUGUGAUGCGUCAGCUGCUAUUUAGUGCCAAACUCAUGUUCGUUAAUGCUGGAUGCACUCAAGAGCCAGCACUCUGUGACAGCUACAUCAGUAAGGUGGAUGUGUUAAAGAUCCUUGUCAGUGCAAACUACAAGUACAUUCCAUCUUUGGAUGAUAUUCAGGAAACGGCUGCGGUAGCACGUCUACGUAACCAGCUGCUAGAGGCCGAACAUUACCAGCUGGCCGUGGAGGUGUCGACUAAGAGUGGACUGGACCCAAGCGGAGUGUGGCAGGCUUGGGGUGUGGCGUCUUUGAAGGCUGGACUUCUGAGCGUGGCCAGGGAGAAGUUUGUCCGCUGUCUGAAGGCACCAGUUGAUAGGAACCAGCUAAACCAUGGAGCAAGACUUCUGCAGGAGAUCGUUCAGCACCUGGAGUCCACAGUCAAACCCACUCUUAGCAUGACAGUGAAUGAGGACAUCCUGGCCUCUCUGUGUGAGCUGGAAGAUGCUCUGUCUGACUCUGCUCCUCUGGAUGCCGCAGAGAGCAAGGUUCAACAGGGUGGUUAUUAUCAAGAGUGUCUGUUUUACCUGCUCACCUAUGGCACACAUCUGAGCCUCAUCAGCUUUUACCUGCGCCAUGACUGCCUGAGAGACGCACUCACCCACUUACACAACAAGGAGUGUACAGAGGAUGUGUUUUUGGAGGGUGUUUUUCAGCCCUGUCUUGAACGUGGACGGUUAGGAGCAUUGCAAGGUCUGUUAGAGACUCUGGACCCCACACUGGAGAGCUGGGGCCAUUACCUUCUCUCAGCCUGCCAAUUGCUGCAGCGCAAGGGACACUACCACUCUCUAUACCAACUCCAACAGUUCAUGAUGGAUCUUGUUCGUGCCGCUAUGACGUGUAUCCGAUUCUUUUCUCAUGGUGCUCAGUCUUACCUGCAGCUGGGAGAACAGCAGCGCUGGCUGAUUCGAGCCAAAGAGCACCUGAGAACUUACCUACAAGAACAGCAGAGUCGUAGGAAAUCAAACAGCUCUUCUUUCAGGAAGAAAAUGAGCUCCACUGAAGUCUCCAGACACAUACACACAAUUGAGCUGCAACUGGAGGUAACACGCUUCCUGCAUCGCUGUGAAAGCUCAUCCCCUUCCAAGUCAACUGUAGUCCCUGCCCCCACAGUGAAUAGUGCCCAACCAACUCUGUUUGGGAACAGCCCCAUGAAGGUGGAUGUGGCCUGCAAGGUGAUGUUGGGAGGGAAGAACAUUGAGGAAGGUUUUGGGAUUGCAUAUCGGGUAAUACAGGACUUUCAGCUGGAGGCACUGGCGGUAUACAUACGGGUUGGACAGCGCUUGAUCCGGCAGCAUCAGUAUGCAUCUGUGCGGCAGCUGCUGAAGUGUGUAGGGGAGUCUGGCACGGCCUCUAAACAUGACUGUGAUGCCAUUGUGCUCAGCUGUGUGUCUGUGGCUGAUAAGACUCCUGCCGAUUCUAAAGAACUGGAGGCCCUGAUUCUGGAGUCUAAGAGUCCAGAAAACAAGAUAAAGGCAUAUCUGCUGUGCAGUAAGCUGCGGGCAGCGUAUAUCCAGGCUGUGAAGCUGGAGCUGCUGAAGGCAACUCCUUUAGUACAGGACGUGAUGCGGGCAGCUGAGAACUCAGGUGACACUGUCAUGCAGAACAUCUGUCGCCAAUGGCUCUCUGAGCACCAAGACCAGUUGUCACAGCAACCACUACCAUCACUUUCAUGAACUCUAACUCUUAACUCUGGUCAUUGAGGCAUCCAGAUCUGCUCUGAUUGACUGGAUUGGGUUUGUAAUAUGCAGCUCUUCGAUCAAACAGGAAAUGAUGUUCCAUUAUGCCUCAGUGUGGGGCCAGUUCAAACCCCUAUCCAGAAUAAAAACUCCAUCUUUCUCUUGAAGCUGAUGUGGAUCUGAGAUUGUUAAAACAAUUUCAGUUCUUAAUGAGUGCUGAGACUGUGGAUGGAGAGUCUGUAUUAUAAGAUCUCAUUGCAUUCAAAUUAAUAAUUACAGUUCUACAGUUUACCUUCCUUUUGGACGUAUUUGUCAAACUUUAUACUUAGGGAUAGUUCACAUUUUCUCACCCUCAUGCCAUCACAGAUGUGGAAGACUUUCUUCUGCAGAACACAAAGGAAGAUUUUUUUUAAAAGGAUAUCUCAGAUCUGUAGGUCCAUACACAUCAAGUGAAUGGUGACCAAUAUUUCGAAGCUCCAAAAAGCACAAAGCAAGAAUAAAAGUAAUCCAUAUGACUCUAAUGGUUAAAUCCAUAUCUUCAGAAGUGAUAUGAUAGAUGUGGGUGAGAAACAUAUAAAUAUUUAAGUCCUUUUUGCUUUAAAUCUCCACUUUUACAGUCUUUCACAUUUUGAAAUUGGAGAUUUAUGGUAAAAAAAAAAUAUAUUGAUCUGUUUCUCACCCACACCUAUCAUAUUCCUUUUGAAGAUAUUCAUUUUACCACUGGAGUCUUAUGGGAUACAUUUAUGCUGCUUCUAUGCAAUUUUUGCCCCAUUAGUUCUUAUCUUUUCAGUAUUAGAUGGAUUAUUCUCCUACCUCAGAAAAAGGGACUUCUCUUUCUCCUCUCGUUUAUAAAGACUAAUAUGUCUAAAUCUCACCCUGAUGGAACAAGGUCAUAUGCCAGUGAAGUUUGUUUGCAAUGAAAUUACGUUAAAACUUCUGUGAGAUCAUGGUAAAUUUAUAGUGGCAUCACCAUUAAUUAAUUGUAUCUGUAUAAGGAAACAGGGCUGUUUUUUAGUUGUCACUGAAAGUUGUAUUUUCACUACAAGAGACAUUAUUAAAAGGGAAGACAUGUGAUCUGCCGAAAUUAUUAUUUGCACGAAGUGUUCAACAGAACAACCGUAAACAAUAGAACAACUGUAAACAGUUACAACUGGCUGGAAAUUAAGGGAAACGGGGUAUAACAUGGUUCAGCCUUGCAAUUUAUAAGAUACUGUAUCAGUGCAACAGUGCUUACUGUACAUGUUUGUCUAUUACCUUACACUAGUAAUUCACAUUGUAUAAUUAUUUGCUCUGUUUAUGAAUGCAAGAGGUGUUUUUUAUGUGAUGAGUGUAUCAAAUGGAUUCAAAUGUCUCUGACCCUCCUGUAACAAAUUUAUCUUAAUGUGGAAUCUCUAUGAAUGUGUGUGUAAAUGUUUAUAUAUGUUCUUGUGUUCAGUAAAUCAAAGAUUAAAAUGGGAGGGUACAGCCAAGGGAUCGUGUGGACAACAUUUUCUCAACAACUGUUGUGUUUACAGGGCCUAUGCACUUGUGAAAAUGAUAAGACUGUUACAGCUUGGUGGUUCUUGGUACUGUCUCUCUCUAAUAUGAAGUUAUAAGCUUGUUGAUUACAGAUUGUAUGUUUCCUUCAGUGUGUUUUCAAAGAGUGAUUGGGAGAUUUGUGCACAAAUUUCUCAAACCAAUUACUGUGAAACAGAAAUGCAUGUGUUUGUUCAUACAUAUCUAUACAUUUCCUGAAGUGACAUUUUGGUAAUUAUUAGAUUAUAAUAAUAAAAUAUGUUUAUAGAAAAAUGCUAUUUUCUAAAAAACAUAAUGCUGACAUUUAGUAACUUAAUUAUCACUGUCACUUUAAUUUUCAUAAAAAUCUCCAUAUUCAUAAACCUCUGAAUUAAUAAUGAACCUCCUGAUAUAGUUUCAAUAAUUUGCAAAUAUUACCUGAAAACAA